ACCACCGCAGUCGCCGAGAGUUCCUUCAGCGGCGGCUUUCCCUCAUGUCCGCGAUGCUCAAGGGUCGACAGAACAAUGACAUUCUUACCGUCGAUCAGAUUGUAAAUGAGGAUGACUGGGUACCCAACUCGGAACGGUUCCGCUGCCACGUUUGCACGCGCAACUUCCACGCGAUGCGCCGACGGCACCAUUGCCGGAUGUGCGGCGAAGUGGUGUGCGGCAACUGUACUCUCAAGAAGUUGGCGCAGAUCCCGCAGCGUGCGACGCUGCAAGAAGUCCGUGUGUGUAUGUCGUGUAUUCUAAACCACGCCAACAAGCAGGCAAACCCGAUGCACCACGGCCCCCCUGCGCAAGCCCAAAUUCAACGUGGCGGGCGUGGCUCCAUCCAAAGCACGCGCACGGACACGCAUUCCCAUACAGGAGAAAUUCGCUACAGCAACCGUGAAAGCAACAUGGACCGUCUCGACUCUCCCCCCGAGAACUCGAUCGGUGAACGCGCCCAUUUUACGCGCAGUGACCAGGGUGAAAAUGUCAUUGACUAUCCGUUGGACUUCAGCUGGGGCUACGCGUGGCCCAAGCCGCCCGUGCUUCCGGACGAAGUCGAGCGACUUGCCGUACUUCGCAGCUUUGAUGUAUUGGACACCCCCACGGAAGACGUAUUUGACAUCAUCUGCGACCUUGCCAGCAACGCACUUAAGUGCCCGAUCUCGGCCGUGAGUUUAAUUGACGAAGACCGGCAGUGGUUCAAGGCCAGCGUCGGCCUCGCGCAGACUGAAAUUCCGCGCAACGUGAGCUUUUGCGCGCACACGAUCAUCUCAAAGGAGCCAAUGGUCGUGCUGGACACGCUGCAGGACAAGCGAUUCAUGAAGAACCCGCUCGUGACGGGUGGCGCCGGCAUCCGCUUCUACGCCGGAUCUCCGAUUUGCACGCCGUCGGGUCACGUCAUCGGCACAGUCUUUGUGUUUGACAACCAGCCACGGACGUCUUGCGACCUCGCAACUCUGGAAAAGUUGUCAAAUGUUGCGAUGAAGAACUUGGAAGACCGAAAGAACGGAACGGCACCGUUGCCACCGAUGAACAAGCCGCUCCCACCGCCUGAAAACGGAGUCGCUCCCCCGCCUGCCCCUUCGGCCCCCGGUGGUGUCAUCGUCCCUGUGGCCCCAAACGACUUGAACACACAAGACCUGGUCGUCCAAGGACCAGCCGGCAACGGACCGGGCGACGGGCAAGUCGUGGCCGGUCCCAAGAUGGAAACCAUGCUCAUGGACUUGUUGUGCCGCACGACGGAAACCCAGCAGCAAUUAGCGGCGCAGCAAGGGGUGAUGUUUCAGCAGUUGGGCCAGCACACUCAGAAGAUUGAUGAGUUGGCGGAUGCAGUCAAGCGAAUGGAGGCCAAGUUGGACGGCAUCUAAGAUUCCACUCGUCGUCGCAACUCCCCACCGUGUCGUCGACGUCGCUGCUGCUCACCACCGUCGUGUUUCUGUCAUAAGCAUUAUCCCUAUAGAAAACGGACUGGGACCGCCGUCUCGCAUGUAAUACAUCACAAAUUCCUCGACUCA